AUGGCUCCCUCCAGCACUGGGGUUGCCUCCGGCAAGAAGCCUUCGUCCACCAAGAUGAAGCCCAAGGCAUCUUUGAGCAAGAAGGCCUCUGCCACAGAGUUGAAAAAAGGUUCAAGGGCUUGGAAGACUGCUGGUAAGAAGACUCAGUCAAUGGAGUUGGUAGAGUCCUUGCAUGACAAGAUGCCAGAGCUGGAGCCUGUGGCCAGUCACCCAGUGUUGAACACAAAGCCAGUGUCCAUGAAGGUGACACCCUUGAAGAAGGCAUCUGCACCCCCUUCAAAGACUUCAACUCCGAAGUCAAGGGUUUCUUUGACCAGAUCGUCCACAUGGAUCAAGAAGGAACUGGAGUCACACAAGGAGCCCAAGGAGGAGCAGGAGCCCAAGACAGCCACUGAGGAGCAUGCCACAGAGGAUGGAGGUGAGGCUGAUGACAAGUCACCCAGGGCAAGUUCCUCCCUUGAAAGCCAUGUGAAGGAGACCACUGUGGAGCCAAUGGAGGGUGAAGAGGAGGGGGAACAGCCCAGGAAGGGCCUCUCUGAGAUCCUUGCCAUGGUCCCACCCUUUGGUGCAGAUCUCGAUGCCUGGAGAGCGAAUGGUGGAGUGUCUGAGUUCUGGAUUGAGCUCAUCAAGUUCCUUUUGAGGCACAGUAGGAAGAAGUACUGGGUGGCCAUGCCCUCGACUGCUGCGUCAUUCAUGGGCCCUGCAUUCCAGAUGCAAUGGCACACAAAAAUGGGGAAUCAACUCACUGUGAAGUUGCUGGCAUGCAGAGGGCCAGUGUACUCGCCCUUUGAGGAGUGGGUAGAGGGGGACAGGAAGGCUGUGAUGGGGAGGGACAAUAAACCUCCCUUUGAUACUUGGGCCCUCAGGCAUCAGACAGAGCAUGAGGCUACUCUGGCUGGCAACAAGGAGCCAGACGAGAACCUCAAAGCGGCGAUCAAAGCCAAGGAGAAGGUGUGGAAUGCUCUGUCCACAGCCAAGCAGGCGCAGCACCUACUUGCCAUGCAGACAUAUUGCCAAGCCGGUCUUGAAGGGAAUAAGGAAACUGCCGGCAAAGGCUUGAAGGCUGCUGGUUCAAAACACAAGGCAAUGGUCAACAUAACCAGUGACAACUCAAAGAGGCCCAACAAGAGGGCGAAAUCCAGUACCAUGAAGACAGAGGGCAAGCUCUUGUUUACCAUCCCGGAUGUGGUCAUGAGCACAGAGAUGGCAUGGAGGGAUGCAGACUUCCCCACAUUCUUGAAGCAUUCCGGCACAUUCCUGCAGUGCCUUCACCACCUCAUCUGUGACUCCGAAUGCCUACACCUUGUGCACAGCGAGAGCCUUCGCAUUCUUCACUCUGACCUCAGGAAAUCUGGUGAGAUCGACGAUGACAACUUCUCAGUUAUGGUGUCACCUCAGAAUGCCCAUGGGGCUGCCAAUGCCAUCUAUCAUAUCCAAAGGGGCAAGCUGAUUCCGGUGGUCAACAAGGAGUUGGAAAAGGCCCAGGUGGCCUACCACCAUUGUCAUGACAACUCAAGUGAGAAGGGUGAGUCCUCCUGCUGGGCAGACAAGGGCAAGCAGCAGGCCAAAUGUGAGUAUCUCAGAUUUGUGUCCAGUGUUGCUUGA